UCUGCAGUCUUACUCUCAGGACAGAGAUGGCACAGACCCUGGAACUGUAUGGCACCCCUGCCUCCAGGCUGGACUCCUUCGUGGUUCAGUCGCUGCAGCCCAGCCGAUAUUGGAAAGAAGAGGUGCUGGAGGCUGUGAGGACCGUGGAGCAGUUUCUGAGGGAAGAGACCUUUCAUGGGGAGCAUGGGCUGGACCAGGAUGUGCGGGUGCUGAAGGUGGUCAAGGUGGGCUCCUUCGGGAAUGGCACAGUGAUCAGGAGUAACACAGAGGUGGAGCUGGUAGUGUUCCUGAAGUGUUUCCGGAGCUUCCAGGAGGAGGCCGAGCACCAUGGAACUGUUUUGGAACUGAUCUGGACAAGUCUGUGCCAAUGCCAGGACCUGGUAGACCUCGGGCUCGAGGUUCUGGGAGUGGCUGAGGGAAUCCCUGAUGCUCUCGUCUUCACGAUCCACACAAGGGAGACUGCGGAGCCCAUCACUGUCACCAUCGUGCCUGCCUACAGGGCCCUGGGGACUGCCAGCUCUCAGCCACACCCCGAGGUCUAUGUGGAUCUGAUUGAGGCCUGCUGUUACCCUGGACUUUUCUCUCCAUCCUUCUGCGAGCUGCAGAGAAACUUCGUGAAACAUCGGCCAACCAAGCUGAAAAGCCUCCUGCGGCUGGUAAAACACUGGUACCUGCAGUAUGUGAAAGCCAGGUGCCCCAGGGCCAUGCUGCCCCCCAUCUACGCCCUCGAGCUGCUGACCAUUUACGCCUGGGAAAUGGGCACACAAGGCAGUGAGAAUUUCAGUUUGGACGAAGGUCUCACCACAGUGAUGAAACUGCUCCAGGAGUAUGAGUUCCUCUGUAUCUAUUGGACCAAGAACUACACGUUCCAGAACCCAAUCAUCGAGGACUUUGUCAGAAAAGAGUUCCAAAGAAAGAGGCCCAUCAUCCUAGAUCCAGCUGACCCAACCCACAAUGUGGCAGAAGAAUACAGAUGGGACAUAGUCGCUCAGAGGGCCUGCCAGUGCCUAAAACAGGACUGUUGCUAUGACAAGGAGAACCCAGUCCCCAGCUGGAAUGUAAAGAGGGCACGAGACAUCCAGGUGACAGUGGAGCAGUGGGGUUACCCAGAUUUGAUCCUCACAGUGAACCCUUAUGAGCCCAUAAGGAAGGUUAAAGAGAAGAUCCGACAGAGCCGAGGCUACAUGGGCCUGCAGCGUCUGUCCUUCCAGUCACCCGGCGGCGAGCGGCAACUCCUCAGCAGCCGCAGCUGCCUGGCCGAUUUCGGGAUCUUCUUGAACACUCCCAUCUGUCUGCUGGAAACCUUCUCCCCCGAGAUACAGGUCUUUGUGAAGAAUCCAGAUGGUGGGAGCCACGCCUAUGCCAUUGACCCCAACAGCUCCAUCGUGGCCCUGAAGGACCAGAUAGAAGACAAGCAGGGGCUGCUCAGAAAGCACCAACAGCUGGAGUUCCAGGGCCACAUCCUGCAGGAUAGGUGGGCUUUCACGAGCUAUGGUAUUGAGGACAGCAACACCCUCAUUCUCUCUGAGAAGAAAGCCAGAGAAGCUCCAUUUCCAUACAGCUAGUUUCCACUGGGAAGCCUCCCUGCACAGUCUACGCUCUAAUCCAGGACUCAUCUGUCACGUCCAGCGUGGCAAGGGCAAAUGGGUCUCGAGAGAGGCGAUGCAGAUUGAAUAAAGUCAAGAGACAAAAG